CUCCACUUUCAAUUCGAUUCAAAAAUUCAAUUUGCGGAGAUCUUCUUCAAUGGAUCGGCGGAAAAGCAGCGGGAAAACGACGGCGUCGCGAGCCUCAACCGUGGAAGCGCCACCUUCAAUCUCAGUUUCUGAGGCUUUUAUAGUAAACGCGUUGUGCGUUCUCGGCCUGGCCUUCGCAUUUUGGGCUGCCAACACUGUCUUCUCCAUCGACCUCGUUUCUCAUCCUUCUCUCACGCUCUUCCUCAUCUCGAUUGCAGAGCUCCCUAUCGUGAUUCUUCUAUACAGUCGAUAUCGACAAAAUCCCCGACAAUGCUCGUACCUGAGAGCUGUUGGCAGAGGUGUUCUAGGAGUGCCUGUAGGAGCAUUGUUGAAUUUUUUAGGAGCUAUCGCUUUGGGGGCGCCCGUUAAAUUUCAGUAUCUUCCCAAGACUAUAAAUUGGGCUCUCAUGAUGUCGGUAUUCACGACAGUUCCAGCAUCAUGUGUUCUUGGUUCAUCUUGGGCUGAGUGGAGACGUAUCUUUGCUCAAACAAAGCCUAAUGGAUCUAUAGAGUACUUGAUUUGUUUACCGGCUCAUGGAGCAGUUAUUGGGGCUUGGUUUGGGGCUUGGCCAAUGCCACUUGACUGGGAGAGGCCAUGGCAGGAAUGGCCAAUUUCUGUUAGCUACGGAACCAUAGUCGGAUACCUGGUGGCAUUGGUUGCAUCAUUGGGGUUUGUUCUUGCGUGUUUUAGGUCACUACAUAUCAAAAGUGAAUAAAAUGCAAAGUUUCUGGUUAUUGUAAUUGAUAGAACUGCAAGAUGGUUGUCCCACGCUGACUAUAUAUUUUGUGGUCAACGUACUGCUAUCUAGAGGCUAAGUUAUGAUCAUCAUCAAUGUUAGUUGGUUGCAAGUAUUUUUCCAACUAUUAGGAGUUGCACAUCAUUAUGUUGAUCUUGCAUAUGAUUAACUUAUAUAUUGUAUAUGGGUUGGAUUGUGUUAAUUAUUGACUUGGGACAAAUUUGCGUUGAAAACUAGCAGUGAUUUGUGUCAUACUUUCUUUUUACUUCACCUUUGUCCGAAGUGAAAAAAAUAAGUUGACAAAAAUAAUCAAACGAUGAUUGCCACAUUAAAUAAAAAACCAUAACUAAGAAGGAUUUGAGUUCUAUAACAAGUGUCCUAAAAUUAAUACAUGAAAAACGAAAGUACAUAAAUAUAACAUACUAGUUACUCGACAUAUAUAGCCUUCUGUGUAAAACAUUUGGUUGUUUACUAUAAAUUGUUCCCUUUUUUGUCACACCACGGGUUAGAUAAAGUGUAGUCUAGAUUCCCUUCCAUUCUAGAGUUUCUUCAUAUAUAUGUUCACAGUCAAUCAUCCUUUGAAGUACUUGGGGUGACCCUUCUAAAUAUACUACACACUCAGUCAAAUCACAUGUUAGUCAAUCGAUCUUCCUCCGUCGCAUGAAAUAUUUAUUUGUGACACAUUUAUACCACUCCAUGUAACUUUCCACACACGCAAAUGCAUGCGUAGCCUUUAUCAAACCCAUGACGAGGUGGUCGAGUAAGUGGAUCCACCUCUCAUCUUUAUCGACUAUGAUGUUGCCUUCAA